AAGCAGUGGGUGAUGUUGUCGGUACCUGAUUUAUUGAUAUGACGCGACUCGGAAGUUCUCGCGCGUUCGGUCGCUGACAGCUUCCGCUGUCCUGAAAUCAAGCUAUGGAGCCCUUCCAAGUGCGCCUUAACUGCGUGGAUCACUACCAGGCAACUCCGUCAGAACUCGACCCUCCUCUGCCUUACAGGGAUGGUGCGGCUGGGAAAAAUGAUAGAUCGAAGGUCCCCGUAAUUAGGGUCUUUGGGGCUACGGAGACUGGCCAGAAGGUGUGCGUCCAUGUGCAUGGCGCCUUUCCUUAUUUGUAUGUCGAGUAUGACGGUGAUCUGGAGACAGAGAAAGUGAGCUCCGCCAUUAGGAGUCUCCGUCUCUCGAUCGAUCAUGCUCUGGCAGUAAGCUACAAUCGCAACGAAAAUGCCAAGAAGAUACCCUUCGUUGCGCACAUCACUCUGGUGAAGGGUGUUCCCUUCUAUGGGUAUCAUGUGGGCUAUAAGUUCUACUUUAAAAUCUAUCUCACGAAUCCCAUUUAUAUGACCAGGCUGGCGGACUUGCUACUUCAGGGCGCUGUCCUUAAGCGUCCUCUACAGCCAUACGAAAGUCAUUUGCAGUUCGUUCCGCAGUGGAUGUGUGACUACAGUUUGUACGGAUGCGCCUAUCUGAAGUGUAGCAAAGUCAAGUUUCGCAGACCGGUCCCAGAAUACUUUGAACUUUCUGACCUAUCCCAUCGCUGGCACGACCGAUCCGUACAACCCGACGACCUGUUAGACGACUCUCUUUUUCCAAAGCAAAGCCAUUGUCCCCUAGAGGUCGAUAUUUGCGUUCAGGACAUUUUGAACCGCUCGGAAAUCAGCGAAAGACCCAUUCAUCAAGAUUUUACUGAACUCUUCAAGCAAAUGACUUCUGAUGAACGACUUGUUCCAAGCAUGGCAGGUUUGUGGCAGGAUGAGACACGCAGGCGGAAAAAGCGUCUGGGGCUCGAACCAGGCAGUAGUCCAUUCGAUCCCAACGAAUUAGUCUCUUUGUCCGUUAACCCAAGAGAUACUUCUCGAGGUGGCUGGAUCCACGAAGAAGAGUAUCGUCAAAUGGCUGCGCAGACCGUUAAUGAGGAGAAGCAGGAGAAUGGUGGCGGCGAUGUAACAUUCGAUGAUUUACUUUCGCAGAAGCCCUUCGCCCAGGAUGUAAAGACUGCGAUGCAGAGUGUCGAGGAUUUCUAUCCGGACAAGAACGAUUUUGAUAAGUAUCAACAACAACCUGUCGAGCCUGAUACGGCGGCGAACGCAGAAGUAAACGUUGAUGAGAGCGCAGCUUGGCCUGCGGUCUCGGAUGAUGAUUCAUACCUUUCCGGCGAUGAUAUUUUCGACGUAUUACCCGGAGAAGACAAUGACCCGGAAGCUGCAGACACCUUGGAUGAAAUCCAGGCCGGAGAUAUCCUUGACCUAGCCCAAGACGAACCGGGGUACUCCACUGAUGAACUAAAUGCCUACGAAAUGAGUGUGACGCGAAAAGCAGGUUCGGAUGAAAUAGUCGGACGAACCGAAAGCCGAGAGCCCAGCCAUAAUAAUCUGCGCAAGCGGAAAAGAUUCUUCGAUGACACCCCAUCGCAGAUGUUAGAUAGGCCGCGGAAGUCUCGGAUAGCUGAAGUUCAAGUCAACAGUACAACCCCCAAGAUCGAAGAUGCCGCCAACACGUCGGAUGCGGAUGCAGUUGUAAGGGGCAAAUCCUCACAAAAAAAGCUAUCUCAGUCCACUGUCCGCUCUAAGAGGCCUGAACAGAUUGGAAGGCUCAACUUUCCGGUCGUUAAAGACCCCAAUGAUCCUAUGACAAUCUUGCGCUUCAGCCAGGACGGUGCGCCUUCUUCUAAGGAACUUAGAGAACUAGAAAAAGAUUUAGCCAGUUCUGGGCCAGAUGUUAUUUCGAAAGAUAUUAGAGCGGAGAACAACUCAUCACAACCGCAGUCAUCAGUCACUGUAACAAGUCCUGAUGCUGGCAUAGGUCCGCAGAUUUUGGAAAUAGCAUCAGGAUUCUGUGCUGCCUUUAACAUGCCUAUGAAUGCUCGCAUUUGUUUCUUGCGAAAUCUCUCUCCCAGUACUAGCGAGGUCGCUUCGACACCUCAUUGCUAUGAUUAUCCGUCCGUUAUUUAUCAGAAAGCGCACUACAGCGAUGAGAGUGAUGUGCCUGACCGUGCGAGGGAUUACGCAGGGAGGGAAUUCCGCUUAGAAGGUAGUGGUAUACACUACCUCCCCGACUUCGAUCCGUUAGGGCGGUCUAUGGCUAUGCUAGGGGAAUAUACUCCACCGAGAGACAAGAACGAACAAGAGGUGGUUGACCAGCAGCUGCGGGAGUUCUCUACCUCUAGGUUUUGGGAGUUUGCCCCUGUUCCUCCAAGCCGCUCAGAAGUCAUCGAAUGGUUCGAAAAGUCUCAAGCUGAGGAGAAGGCAGAUGCCGCUCAACCCCAAACAUCCAAGCAGGUACAAAUGAAGGCGAAUGUCUUGUCACAGAUCGAAGGCCCUACCCAGAAGAAUGGCUAUGGCUUCAAAUAUUCACAAAAAGGAAAAUCCACCAGUGUCGAGCACCAGACACAGUAUAUGAGCAUAAUGAGCCUGGAGGUGCAUGUGAACACCCGGGGUGUGCUGUCGCCGAACCCAGAAGAGGAUGAGAUCACAUGUGUGUUCUGGUGCCUGCAGUCGGAAGAUGAGGACCUUGAUGCCAACGGUACGGUGCCAGGGGUUCAUGUUGGCAUGAUAUCUCAAUCGGAAGACGACAGGCCAGAUACUAAGGCAUCCAAAGCCUUGAGAAUCGACUGGGAACAUGAAACCAGCGAACUUGACUUGAUCAAUCGUGUGGUAGACAUUGUUCGUUGGCAUGAUCCCGAUAUCAUCACUGGCUACGAGGUACACAACAGCUCCUGGGGCUACUUGAUCGAGCGAGCAAGGAAGAAAUAUGACUUUGACAUCUGCGAUGAGCUGUCCAGAGUGAAGUCGCAAGCCCAUGGGAGAUUUGGCAAGGAUGCUGACCGAUGGGGCUUCAACCACACCUCUUCUAUUCGAGUCACUGGACGGCACAUGAUCAAUAUCUGGCGAGCCAUGAGAGGCGAGCUGAACCUGCUGCAGUAUACACAGGAAAAUGUUGCCUUUCACCUGCUGCACCGCCGUGUCCCGCACUAUUCGUUUCAGGAUCUCACAGACUGGUAUCGCAGUGGAAAGCCUCGCAACAUACUGAAAGUAGUCGAAUACUUCGUCUCUCGCGUGCAAAUGGAUCUCGAGAUUUUAGAGUCAAACGAAUUGAUCCCCAGGACCAGCGAGCAGGCCAGGCUACUGGGAAUUGACUUCUUCUCAGUAUUCUCUCGUGGCUCACAAUUCAAGGUUGAGUCUCUCAUGUUUCGCAUUGCGAAACCGGAGAACUUCAUACUCGUCUCGCCGAGCAGGAAACAAGUUGGCCAACAAAAUGCCCUUGAAUGUCUCCCACUGGUGAUGGAACCCCAAAGCGACUUCUACACCAGCCCUCUUGUGGUACUAGACUUCCAGUCCCUGUACCCCAGCAUCAUGAUCGCCUACAACUACUGCUACUCGACAUUCCUCGGACGAGCACACCAAUGGCGAGGCCGAAACAAGAUGGGAUUCACGGACUACAAGCGCCAGCCCCGAAUACUAGAGCUAUUACAAGACAAGAUCAACAUCGCCCCCAACGGCAUGAUCUACGCAAAACCCGAAGUGCGCAAAUCCCUCCUCGCACGCAUGCUCGCCGAGAUCCUCGAAACGCGAGUCAUGGUUAAGAACGGCAUGAAGCUCGACAAAGACGACAAAGCGCUCCAGCGCCUCCUCAACAACCGACAGCUAGCCCUGAAACUAAUCGCCAACGUCACCUACGGCUACACAUCCGCCUCAUUCUCGGGCCGCAUGCCCUGCUCCGAAAUCGCCGACAGCAUUGUGCAAUCCGGCCGCGAAACCCUCGAAAAAGCCAUCGCCUUCAUCCACUCCGUUGAACGCUGGGGCGCCGAAGUCGUCUACGGCGACACCGACAGUCUCUUCGUCUACCUCAAAGGCCGAACCCGCGACGAAGCCUUCACCAUCGGCGAAGAAAUCGCCAAAGCCGUAACCUCAAUAAACCCCCACCCCGUGAAACUCAAAUUCGAAAAAGUCUACCACCCCUGCGUUCUCCUCGCCAAAAAACGCUACGUCGGCUUCAAAUACGAACACCGGGAUCAAAAAGAACCCGACUUCGACGCGAAGGGGAUUGAAACUGUCCGCCGGGACGGCACACCCGCCGAACAAAAAAUCGAAGAAAAAGCCCUGAAACUCCUCUUCCGCACCGCCGACCUCUCCCAAGUCAAACGCUACUUCCAAUCCCAAUGCACCAAGAUCAUGCAAGGUCGCGUCUCCGUCCAGGACUUCUGCUUCGCAAGAGAAGUCCGUCUAGGCACCUACAGCGACAGAGGCCUCCCACCACCAGGCGCCCUAAUCAGCACAAAGAAAAUGAUCGCCGACCCGCGCUCCGAACCCCAAUACGGCGAACGCGUCCCCUACGUCGUCGUCACUGGCGCCCCCGGCGCAAGGCUCAUCGACCGCUGCGUCCCGCCCGAAACCCUCCUACAUGAUCCCCACCUCGACCUAGACGCAGACUAUUACAUCACGAAGAACCUCAUCCCACCCCUCGAGAGGAUCUUCAACCUCGUCGGCGCAAACGUCCGCCAAUGGUACGACGAGAUGCCGAAAGUGCAGCGUGUGCGGCGCGUCGAGGGAGCAAUGUUACGCGGUCCCGGUGGGCGGAGAACCCUCGAGUCGUAUAUGAGAGCGUCGACGUGCAUCGUAUGCAAGAGUAAAUUGCGGGAUACUGAUACCCCGCUCUGCGGGAACUGUUCAAGACAGCCGCAUCUUGCGAUGUUUGAGCUUGUUUCGAGACAGAGGGCGGCGGAGAAGAGGGUCGUGGAUUUGCAACGCAUUUGUAGGUCUUGUAUGGGAGUGACGUUUGGGGAUGAGGUGAAGUGUGAUAGUAAGGAUUGUCCGGUGUUUUAUUCGAGGACGAGGGAUGAGGCGAAUUGGAGGUAUACCAAGGCGGUGCUGGAUCCGGUGGUGGGGUUGUUGAGAGAUAGGUGUGAGAAGGAGUUGGAGUGGUAG